GCCCAAUUUCUCGGGAUGGUUGUAGUCGACCUCUGGGACUUAAAUUCGGUCUGUCCCAGCAGCGAAGAGUGUCCCUGCUUCAAAAUAAUUACUAGAAACAGAACUCCGACCAGCCUUUCUGUGCCUCGUCAUUGUUCUAAGGCUUCGCACGCACCAAUGGAGCUCAAAGUGAUCCGGGAUCCCGGUGACGCUCGCGUGGAUGUUGUUUUCGUCCACGGCUGGCAUGGUGAGCAGCCCGGCUGGACCUCCGCUGCCAAGUCAGUGUUCUGGCCCGAGAAGCUCUUCGCGGGGAAGAUUACCGAGGCGCGGGUCUUCUCGUUUGAGUACGAUGUCGCCCUUGACACGUUCUGGAACGAAGAGGAUCUUAUCACCGAGCUUUCCAAUGAGCUGAUGGACCAGCUCAUGGAUCAACGUACAGAACCGGAGAAGGAAAAACGAGCCGUGAUUUUGGUGGCCCAUUGCCUUGGUGGCCUGAUCUGCGAGAAUGCGUUGGUCCGGGGAGCUGAGCACGACGAUCGCAAGAACCUUAUCAGCUGUGUCAAAGGUCUCCUUCUUCUCGGGACACCACACUACCAUCCUGGAGUGCUGAGCGAAGCAAACAAAUAUUUCCAGCUCGCGGGCGAAGAAGCUCCCAGCGAAUUCGGUCUCGAAGAACGGUCGCAGUGGGUCUUGUCCAUCCCGCGCGAGUUUGCUCAACUCCGUGCUGCCGGCCUGGAGAUGGAUCUGCAGUGUUUCUACGAGGGAUCACCCACCGAUCUGGACGGCAAGGGGGUCAAGAUUGUGGAGAUGGCCUUGGCGCGGUGCCCUGACGGGCCUCCUGCCGAGCGGUUGGCAGGUAACCAUGCGAAGAUGAGUCAGUUUGAGAGCGAAGACGACCGCGAUUUCGUCAAGGUGCUACGGGUGCUGAAGAAAUGGGUGGCUAAGGUUCCGGCGCCCGAUAAUGAUGGAGGCACAACGGUCAACAAUGUCUCUCAUGCGUCUUUCGCUGGCUCGACCAACUCUGGAUAUCAGUUGGGGCAAAACGUCGGUAACCAGAGUGGAUUCGUGUUUGGAAGAGCAUAGUGGUGGAUGAGUUAUCGUGUGAUGUUCUUAGCAUGACGGGAUCUAGCAGAAGCUUCUGUGGAUGAUGAUAACGUGCAUCGAGUACUGCUGUGUUACCUUGGCAGUAAUUGGCCUUUAGACGAAUAAAGAUAGAAGAUGCAGUCGGUGGUGUAGGAGGCUUCCAUUGGCGUAAGGCAUGACGACUUGCAGCGUACUUGAUGCC